CUGCUAUUUCUUUAGCUGUAUUUUUGGCUUUAUAUAUUUCCGUUUCCUUUAUGAACUAUGGGGAAUCUAGACGUUUUUAUAGAGUAUCAAAUUCAUUUGUUUAUUGACAGUAUAUUUUUACCAUUUUUGUUAGUUCUUGGGGUAGCCGGCAAUAUUCUCAUUAUCAUUGUUUUAUUAAAACCCAGGAAUCGUGACUCUUCAACGGCCAGGUUACUAUUAGCCCUUGCAAUAUCUGAUAUAUUGGCUCUUGUCAUCUCAGUACCUUAUAAAUGGCUGGACACCACGUAUAGUAUCAAUAUCAGAGAAUUUUCAGAAUUGGGUUGUAAGAUUCACCUUUUUAUAUCAAUGCACGUCGGUCAGGUAUUUACAUUUUCUAUAUUGGCUAUAUCAGUUGAGCGAUUUAUCUUCUUGAUGUUUCCGUAUAAAGCAAAGACAAUAUGUUCACUACGGAACAUAAACCUGGUUAUUUUGGUCAUUCAACCCGUGUCGCUCAUCAUUGGCGGGCAUUUAUUUUAUGGGGUGCGUUUAUCGGAAACUGGUAAAUGUGCUCUCAUACAAGAACUCUAUAAAGUCGGGAUUUGGAGGGCGUGGCAGAUAUUGAAUGUUGUGGGUGCACUUUUUGUCCCUUUCGUCAUCAUGGCUGUCACAAACACAAGUAUAAUAGUCAAGUUGAUUUCCGGAAAUUGUACAUGGUGCAAAUGUCUAAAAACAAAAGAAAAGCAAAAGGGGUUGGCGGUAAAGAAAAGGUCAUCUCAGAUUACUGUUACCCUUAUGAUAGUUAUCUUGACGUUUCUAAUCUGCGUUAUACCCCUGGGCAUUUAUUACAUAAUGUUCAGCGGUCAACAAUGGCAGCAUGAGGAGACUCACCGCGACGCUGUAAUUUUGUUGUUUUGGUCGGUGUCCAGUGGCCUCUUUCAUACUAACAACGCGGUCAAUUUCUUGAUUUACUUCCUCAGCGGAUCUAAAUUUAGGAAAGAGUUGAAGUAUUUAUGUUGUAACAAGCAAACUAAAACGACACAAGCCUUCAUAGAGGAGAGAACACCGUCUGCGCAGACUGUAGAAUCAUUGGUAAAAUAUUCAAAAUAA